AUGACGGAUUGGAUCAGCCGCGUCGAGGAGUGGCUUCGACACCUGGCAGAGCGCCUGGCGAGCGAGCUGUCCUGGAGUCGCCUGGUGGCGCUGGGGGCCUGUGGCCUCGCAGGGCAGAUCUUGUGGUCGCACUACGGCAUUUUGUGGCAUAAGCGGCUGCCAUAUCACGACCUGGGUCCGCCCAUCAUAGGACAUACGAGGAAGGUCUUUCAGGAGUCCUUGGAGAACUGGGGUCAGCGUAUCAUGAAAGGCAAGCCGGUGUUGCUCGCGAACUACCUCUUCACCAAUACCGUGGUCAUCCGCCAUGAGAUCUACAUGAAGCACGUCCACCGGGCCGAGCUCGACGGUAAGCUGUGCCCUCUCUUCCCCAGCAGCAUUCGGGCAAUCAUCGGUGAGAACAGCGUGAUUUCCUUACCGGGAGGCAAAGGCCACAGCAAGCACAAGCGGCUUCGCGGCAAGCUGCUGCGAUGCUUAGGGCCGCAGUAUGUGCUUUCCUUGGCCAAAGAGAUGGAGAGCUACAUCCGCGCCACCCUUGAGGACUUGGCGGAGGAGACCAGCACGAAAGGUUUUGGGACCUUUGAGCCUGCAGCAGGGCACUUGGCACAGAAGAUCUCCAUCCUGCCGAUUUUGGCCGGCUUGGAGGAGGAUCAGCAGAGACGCUUCGAGUCCUUGCUCGAAGUCACCAUGGCCGGCAUGCUGGCUGCGCCGGUGAAUCUUGGGGUUUGGUCAGCCCAUGGACGCGCCUUGCGAGCGCGCAAGGAGAUUAGCACCAUGAUCGCCCAGUUGAUGGCCUCCCCCAAGCUGGACGGUCAAAACAUCGUGGCUGAGUUGAUGAAAGAUUCCGACGACGGCGAGGCCUUUUCCAAAGAAGAGAUCUCCGACACCGUGGUGACGCUGCUCUUCGCGGGCAAGAUCACCACCGCGGACGCCUUGCCGUUUCUCCUGGUGCAGCUGGCCGAGCACAGGGAAUGCAUCCCACAACUGGCCAGCGAGCCCUUGGAAGUCUCCAAUAUUGAGGGCGACUCGGUGGCGCUGCGCGUGGUGCGCGAGGCGCUGCGGCUGAAGCCGCCGGCGGGGGCCUUUCGAAGGGUGAAUUGGCACUCGGAGAUGGACCUUGGAGAGUAUGGCGUGGUGCCCAAGGGUUGUCCCAUGGCCAUCUACCUCUCUCUGCCGAUGAUAGAGAUGGGGCCAUGGGCGCCCGAUCGCUGGCGCACAGAGGACGUGCGGAGUAAGUUUCUGGCCUUCGGCGGAGCACAGCCGCACGAGUGUAUUGGAAAGCACCUGGCCUUGCUGGAGCUCCAACUCUUCGUGAAGAUCUUGUGCAAAGAUUACGACUUCAAAGUCUUAGACACCGGAACCGUCGUCAAGCCCUUUUCCUUGAGCUACAAGGAUGGCUUGCGGGUUGAGAUCACUCGAAAGUGA